AUGCUUGCCAUGUUUCAUUGACAGGUUAUUGUCCAAAGAUGUCUCUCUGGCAAGAACAUGUCCCAUGUGAAGGCUGGUUGUGUCAUGUGUGGAUACCUGAAACUCUUGCCCAUGUUCAUCAUAGUGAUGCCUGGAAUGAUCAGCCGAAUUCUGUACACAGAUGUGGUGGCUUGUGUUGUGCCUGAAAUCUGUCAGCAGUACUGUGGCACUGCAGUUGGCUGUACAAAUAUCGCUUAUCCAAAAAUGGUAGUGGAGCUUAUGCCAAAUGGUCUGCGGGGUCUGAUGCUCUCAGUCAUGUUGGCCUCCCUGAUGAGCUCCCUGACUUCCAUUUUUAACAGUGCUAGUACUUUGUUCACUAUGGACAUUUACACCAAAAUUCGAUCACGACCAUCUGAGAAAGAGCUCAUGUUAGCUGGAAGGGCAUUUAUGUUAGUUUUAAUUGGCAUCAGCAUUGCCUGGGUUCCUGUGGUGCAGUCAGCUCAAAGUGGGCAGCUCUUUGAUUAUAUUCAGUCAGUUACUAGCUACCUGGGACCUCCCAUUGCUGCUGUCUUCCUGCUUGCCAUCUUCUGCAAGCGGGUCAAUGAGCAGGGUGCCUUCUGGGGCCUGAUGGUUGGGCUGUUAACUGGACUCAGCAGAAUGAUUACAGAGUUUGCCUACGGAACCGGGAGCUGUGUAAACCCUUCCAACUGCCCGUUCAUCAUCUGUGGGAUUCACUACCUUUACUUUGCAAUGAUCCUUUUUGGGGUUUCCGCCAUCGUCAUCCUGGCAGUCUCCUUCAUGACUAAGCCCAUUCCUGACGUACAUCUUUACCGCUUGUGCUGGUCUUUGCGGAACAGCAAAGAAGAACGUAUUGAUCUUGAUGCAGAUGAGGAACAGGACAAAGCUGAUGAAAAAGAUAAGGAAUCAGUUAAUGAGGAAAGUGAAGAAGAACUGGGAUGCUGUAAGAAAGUGUACAACUGGUUCUGUGGCUUAGACCAACAAAAAGGACCCAAACUGAGCAAGGAGGAAGAGGAAGCAUUGAAGAAGAAACUGACUGACACAACCGAAAUACCACUUUGGAGAAAUGUUAUGAAUAUCAAUGGCAUCAUCCUAUUGACUGUGGCUGUAUUUUGCCAUGCCUUCUUUGCGUAA